AUGAUAAAUUUUGGGAAGGUUUUGUUAAGAAAAUCUUAAAUAAGUCUAGAUGACAUUAGAAAAUUUAUGAGUUUACCAAUUGAUUCAACAGAUGAAGAUAUACCAAUUUAUUCUUAUGAUGAAAAUGUAAAGGUAAUAAAUAAUAAUAGAAAAGAUUAUGUCAACUUAUGAUUUGGAAUAAUCAAUUAAACAUAUACCUUUAAAAGAUUAAGUAAUCCAUUCUAUAGCGCAUAUUGAAUAUAAUGCCAUGAAAUCAUAUAUAGAUACACUUGUUAGAUUUAUCAAUCAAGUUCCAGCAUAAUUCCAAAAAGAAUUUAAGGAAGAAUUAGGAUAAAUUGCAUAUGAAGAAUUUUGCCAUUUUGAAUUAAUUACUCAAUUAUGCAAAUAUGGAUCCUAGCCAGUACAUAAUAAUCUGUAAAAAAGAAUGAUUUUAACUAUGGAUUCUCUUUUAGGAAGAAUAGCAGUUUUGAGCAUUGUCAAUGAAGGCAGAGGAAUGGAUACAGGAUUGAAUUUGAUCUAAAAAUUAGAUGGUGAUAAUAAAUAUGAAAAAGUAAUUAAAAAGAUAGUCUAAGAAGAAAGUAACCAUGUUAGAAUUGGACUUAAAUGGUUUGAGCUAUUAUGCAAAGAUUAAAAUCCUUAGGAAAAUUUUAUUACAUUAAUGAAUAAUUACUAGAUUCCCAAAAAUUGGAAAAUUAAUGUAUAAAAAAGGAAGUAAGUAGGUUUUAGUGAUGAAUGGAUUAAAUGUUUACAGAACUGGAGUUGA